UAUAAAUAUUCACAUACGUAACCUCAAAAAAUUAAAUUGAAAAAGGGAAAAUAAAAAUAUAAACUAUACAUUUUUGAAAAAAUAAACGCUAUUUUCUGUUGCCAGACAUGACCUCAGAGGCUUCCAAACAACCGAGGGAGCAAUACGACAGAGAAUUCAGGGUUAAAGCCGGAUUAUUUCUUGCAGCCGUUUCAGGAGCUUCUGCGGUUAUUGGAUUUAGUGCCACAAUUCUUGCGGCAAAGAAAAAGGAUCCUCAGUACUUUGGGAAGGGUAUUGUGGCUACCCGAGAACUACCAGAACCCGGUGCCUUUUUAGCCUUAAGAGCUUUAGGAUGGGGUACCCUUUAUGCCUUCACUGGUUGUGGACUUUUGUUCUAUGGGAUUUGGAAAUUGUCUGGAGCCCAAGAUUUAAAAGAUUUUCGUGUGAAAAUGGGUGAGCUGCUACCUAGAAUUCCAAAAAAUAACCCACCCCAAGGAAGGACUGAAUUUAGUGGCAUGAAUGACCUAUUGCAGUACUUACAAGAACAAAAGGGUAACAAAGACAAAAAAUAAUACUGUUAUUUAGAAUAGUUCCUUAGAUCGUAAGGUAUUUGUUUGUAAAUAAAAUAAAAUAGACUCUUUAAAACAA